GACCCGGAAGGGUGGAUGCUCCUGGAGAGAAAGGAAAGGCUGGUGGCGGGAAGGUUUUAUCCGAGAGCGGCUGAAAGCCAAAGAAAUUUGGAUCUCCAAUUCAAUUUUAGAAUGGCAUCUAUUUCAGCUCUAACUGAGGAAUUGGAUUCUGUAACCAAUGAGCUACAUGCAGUAGACAUUCAAAUUCAAGAACUUCUGGAAAGGCAACAAGAGCUCACUCAGAAAAAAAACAUCCUAACAAAGAGAAUAAAGCAGUGUUUAGAGAAUUCUGAUGCCGAGGAAGGCAAUGAGUGUGAUUCUUCACCUGCCUCUUGGAAUAAAGAAGAUUUUCCAUGGUCUGCUAAAGUUAAAGAUGUUCUGCAAAAUGUCUUCAAACUGGAGAUGUUCAGACUACUUCAGCUUGAAACUAUUAACGUAACGAUGUCCGGAAAGGACAUCUUUCUUGUUAUGCCUACAGGAGGCGGGAAGAGCUUAUGCUACCAGUUACCAGCGUUGUGUUCAGAUGGUUUUACACUUGUGAUUUGUCCAUUGAUCUCUCUUAUGGAAGACCAAUUAAUGGUUUUAAAACAAUUAGAAAUUUCAGCUACCAUGUUAAAUGCUUCUAGUUCUAAGAGUCACGUGAAAUGGGUUCAUGAUGAAAUGGUAAAUAAAAACUCCAAGCUAAAGCUAAUUUAUGUGACUCCAGAGAAAAUUGCAAAAAGCAAAAUGUUUAUGUCAAGACUAGAGAAAGCCUACCAGGCAAGGAGACUCACCCGAAUUGCUGUGGAUGAAGUUCACUGCUGCAGCCACUGGGGUCAUGAUUUCAGACCUGAUUAUAAGGCACUGGGUAUCUUAAAACGGCAGUUCCCUAACACAGCACUAAUUGGGCUGACUGCAACUGCAACAAAUCACGUUUUGAAGGAUGUUCAGGAAAUACUGUGUGUUGAAAAGUGUUUUACUUUUACAGCUUCUUUUAAUCGGCCAAAUCUUUAUUAUGAGGUUCGGCAGAAGCCCUCAAACACUGAAGAUUUUAUUGAGGAUAUUGUGAAGCUCAUUAAUGGGAGAUACAAAGGGCAAUCAGGAAUCAUAUAUUGCUUUUCUCAGAAGGACUCUGAGCAAGUUACAGUCAGUUUACAGAAACAGGGGAUUCAUGCAGGUGUAUACCAUGCCAAUAUGGAAGCAGAAGAUAAGACCAAGGUUCAUGAAGGAUGGUCAACCAAUAAAAUUCAGGUAGUCGUGGCAACGGUUGCCUUUGGUAUGGGAAUUGAUAAGUCAGAUGUGAGAUUUGUGAUUCAUCAUUCAAUGAGUAAAUCGAUGGAAAAUUAUUACCAAGAGAGUGGACGUGCAGGUCGAGAUGACAUGAAAGCAGACUGUAUAUUGUAUUAUGGCUUUGGAGAUAUAUUCAGAAUAAGUUCAAUGGUGGUAAUGGAAAAUGUGGGACAACGGAAGCUUUAUGAGAUGGUGUCAUACUGUCAAGACAUAAGCAAAUGUCGCCGUGUAUUGAUAGCUCAACAUUUUGAUGAAGUGUGGAACUCAGACGCGUGUAACAAAAUGUGUGACAAUUGCUAUAAAGACAUUUCAUUUGAAAGAAAGGAUGUAACAGCCUACUGCAGAGAUCUCAUCAAGGUCCUGCAGCAGGCAGAGGAAAUGAAUGAAAAGCUCACGCCACUGAAACUGAUGGAUUCCUGGAUGGGAAAGGGUGCAGCAAAACUGAGAGUAGCAGGCGUUGCUCCUCCCACACUUCCUCGUGAAGACCUGGAGAAAAUUAUUGUGCACUUUCUUCUACAGCAGUAUCUUAAAGAAGACUACAGUUUUACAGCUUUUGCUACCAUUUCAUAUUUGAAAAUAGGACCUAGAGCUAAUCUCCUGAACAAUGAGGCACAUGUUGUUACCAUGAAAGUAAAGAAGUCCACGCAGAGCUGUUUCAGGAUUGAACCAUCUGAAACUUGUCAUUCUAAAGGAGCUGAUAAAAAGAGGGAAGAAAAAAAGUCAGGUAACUUCCAGAAGAAGUCUGCAAACAUGCCUCAGCAAUCUGCUUCUAAGAGUACUGGGGCUAAGAAAAGAAAAAUUGAUGAUGCAUGAGAGGAGUGUUUCUAAAUUUUCCAAGGAAAGUAUUUAUGCACGUGUGCACCAUUAUUUUUGUAGUUAAUAAAAGUUUAAAUUUUAAGGCAAUUUCAUUAAUAUUUUACACACGUGGAGCUAUAUUUUAAGAACUUCUUUCUAAACUGUUGAAGACUUGAGAAGUUGAGACCUGAAAAUUUAAGAGCAUGAAUUGUAUAAAUUUAAAGUAUGAAAUGAGGGGGGAAAUUUUUUUAAAUGUAAAACCAUUUAAAUAUAAAAUACUUAAGAGAAUAACUUCACAUAACUAUCUUAAGCUCUUUAUGCCUUGAUAUACCUAGUUAUAUAUAUUUUUUUACUAUCUUUUGACAGCAGUGUUAUUUUACUAAAAAUUUUACAUUGGCUCAUCACACAAAGUGAGUGAUUUCAGGAUAUAACAACAUGUAGAAAGCAAACAAAAAAGGAAUAAGGUAGCAAUAUAAAUAAUAUCAGCAAGUAAGAUGGCUACAUCUCUGUAUAAUUAAAAUAAAACUAUAAGCUUGAAACUGUAGCCCUAUUUUGAUAUUUCACAAAGAAUGGCUCUGGUCUACUAACCAGACCCAGCUGUUGUCUAAGUAGAUAACAGUCUAGCUAAAUUUGGUCCAAAGCUAAAUCAUGAAUGAAUGUGUCGAAGUUUAAAACACAGAAAUGAAUAACUUGAAAAUCCUUAUCUAAUUAGUGGUCAGUUUUGUGUUACCAAAAAAUAUAUCUGUAAAUGAAUUAUUUGAACUGAUUUUAUCUUCAGAAUUUUAUUUUUAAAUACUUUUCCACAAAAAUCUUAUCACGUCUGUAUUUUUAACUUCAGUGUUAUCAUCAUUAAAUCAGUGUAGUCAUUUCCUUUA